UUCCCCUUUCUCCCUUUUGCAGAGAAGAUGAGUGGAAGGGAAUUGCAAAGAGACAAAUUUCAAGUAGUUUUCAUACCCCACUGCCUUUCCCAAAAGCCAACUUCUUCCAUGAACUCAGCUCCUUUUCACUAUCCGCUUCAGUUUUAUGAUUAAAAUCAUUCAUUGGCCUUGCCCUUUUCUUCUGUAUGCUUCGAUUCCUCUGUUCUGACUCAGAUUUGAAAACACCCAUUUCUUAAAAUCCUCUCUUUUCGUCUUGGGAUCGAUCUUUGUUUCAAGCAAACAAGGUUGAUAUCAUUUUUGACACUAUGAAGUGGACAAUCAAUAUCGAUACGACCUCAGGUGACAUGGAAGAAGCUGAUCAAGUGGAAGUUGAUUAUGUUAAGGCAUUAUCACUCUCACAAAUGGAAUUUGAAAAUGAACAAGAUUUGAUCAUUGAGAGAAAGAUAAAGGAAACCCUCAAUGCCCAAACUGAAGAGGAUGAGCAGCUUGCCAAUGCAAUGCAACUAAGCUUAGUCAUGGCGUCUUCUAAAGCUGUUUCUUCUGCAUUCAAGAUUGUCUGUGCUGGAUGCAACAAUGAGAUAAGUCGACGCGAAAAUCAUUUUGAUUGUAAUGGUGUUGUUUGGCAUGUUAAAUGUCUCCAAUGCCAUGCUUGCACACAACUGAUCAAAGAUGACCAGUUCUAUAUGGUCGAAAAUCGACCUUACCACACAUCUUGCCCUAGGAAUAAGAGUCAUCUCAAAUGCUAUGUAUGCAAUGACUUUAUCCCAUAUAUUGGUAAGGAGGUCGAAUAUGGAGAGCAUCCUUUUUGGGCACAAAAGUACUGCCCGUCCCAUGAAGAUGAUGGAACUUCCAAAUGUGCUAGCUGUGAAAGGUUGGAGCCAAAAGGAGGGGAGUACAUUUUACUCCAAGAUGGCAGAAGUUUGUGUGUAGAGUGUUCCAGCUUCAUGAUCAUGGACACCAACGAGUGUCAACCUCUUUUCCGUGAGAUACAAGAGUAUUUCACAAGUUUAGACAUGAAACUGGACCAAAAAAUUCCAUUGUUGUUGGUCGAAAGGGAAGCAUUGAAUGAGGCCAUGAAAGGGGAAAGGAAUGGACACCACCAUUUAUCCGAAACUCGAGGACUCUGCGUGUCAGAAGAGCAAAUCAUUCCCGUUAUUCAUAAGAGGAAACAUACGGGAAGAAAUUCAACCUUGAACACACAGCCUUUCAGACUUGUUCGUAGUUGUGAAGUUAAUGCUAUACUCAUUCUAUAUGGUCUUCCCAGGCUAUUGACAGGAUCCAUUCUAGCACAUGAGAUGAUGCAUGCAUGGCUUAGACUUCAAGGCUAUCCCAAUUUAAAACCCGAAAUCGAAGAAGGAAUCUGCCAAGUCCUCGCUCACAUGUGGCUGAAAUCCAAGAUCAAUAUGGGAUCUGAAGCAGCCAUGAUUGCUAGCUCGUCUUCUACCCGACAACCUCCACGUUCAAACAAGCACAAGCAGCUGAGUAAAAUCGAGCAGAAACUCGGCGAAUGCUUCGUUCGCCAAAUCGAGCUGGAUAACUCCGAAGCUUAUGGAGAUGGGUUCAGGGUGGGAGAACAGGCUGUUUCUCAGUAUGGCUUAAAGGAGACUCUUCAUCACAUCAAACGCACUCGAAACUUUCCAUUUUAA